UACUGCACGCAGCCAAGACUGGACGAAAGUUUUGCAAACAGAUUUGCUCAAUAUGGGAGACACUUCUGCCUGGAACAAGUCUCACAUGGUUGAAGAUUCCCAAAUUGGAGAAAGGGCUGGUCGCGGGCCGAAGACUGACCGGACUCGACGCAGCUGGUCUACUCGUGAGGAAGAGGCCUUAUUGGUAGCCCUUAAAUUCCUUGUUGUGAACAAGUGGAAAGCAGAUAACGGCUUCCGUGGCGGGUAUCUAGCUAAGAUUGAGGAAAUCAUCCACCAAGAAUGCCCAAAAACUGACAUUAAGGCGACCCCCCAUAUCAGCUCCAAGCUCCAGCAAUGGAAAAAAAACUACUACUCUUUGGUCAACAUGCUCAAACGAAGUGGCGUUGGCUUCAAUUACAAGGGCGAUCACAAGAUUGAUUGUGAUAAUGACCAAUGGGAACAAAUUAUUAGGUUGGAUAAGAAUGCACGCUGCAUGCGUUCCAAGUCGUGGCCUAUGUUUGAUGAAUGGAAAGACAUCUUUGGCAAGGAUCGGGCAACAGGCUCUACUGGCCGGGAUUUACAGGAGCUGUACAAUGGUGUGCGAUCAAGUCUCAGUGUGGGUAAUGGGAGUGAAGAGGCUGAUUUUGAAGCUAGUGCUGAUGGCCACUCUGGAACUAAUCCAGAAAACACCACGAGCUCUCCAGAAAUGCCAGUCAACACCAUGGGCUCACAAGAAACGGCAGAUCAGAGUACGGGGGACAGUGGCAGCGGAACUCAGCUUCCCACAAAGACAAACGGUGACUCUGGAACUCAAUUGCCAAAGAAAACAGGUAAGAAGCGCAAACUCGUUGAUAGGGCUGAUGCUUUGCUUGAAAUGCUUGCUAAAGGACAGGAUGAAACCAACGCUAGACUUGAUAAGUUGGCAAGUAGGAUUGGAUUUGAGUUCGAUGUUAGCAAGGCAAGAAAGAAAGUGUUUGGCAUGCUUGGUAAUAUACAAGGCAUAACUCUUGGUCGUGAUGGUUGUUUCUUUGAUCUUUUGACUUAGCUAUUUUGUAGGAUAUGAUAUCUAGUAAUCCUUAUGUGCAAUGAACUAUAAUCGCACUUGUGAUCUUUUGUCGAGCUUUGUUGUCAUGCUCAAAUAUAUGAGCUUAAAACAUUGGAAGCCUUGGUUUGUAUUUGGUGGUUGUUGUUAUGACUUUAUAUGUGGAUUCUAUGGAACCUCAUUACUGUAA